UUAUUGAAAAAGUAGUUUUUAAAAUUAAUUGUGACGAAGUUUUUUCCAUUAAAAUUUAUCAAACAUGUAUUUCAAUUGUAUUUUGUUAAAAUGUAUGUUUAUUUUUUUUAUUAAUCGUUCUAUAGCUAUAAGCGUUUUAGAGCUGAGAUGUAAUUUCGCUAAAUACAUGCUAAAUUUUUUUAAUUUUAAUGGAAAAUAUCUAAUAGAGCUUAGGAAUGAUAAAGAAAAAUUAACUGAAAUCAAUUUAGAGAACUAUGCCAAAAUCAUCCAGUCGCAUGGGGAAAUAGUUAUGAUAAUGUUAAAAGCAAUGAAUAUGACGAACGAUGCUUUGUACGCCUAUGAAAUUAUGGUAAUUAAUUUGUACUUAAAUAACGUGUCGGGGUCUAUUAAUGAUUUUGUCGCUAUUGAUAAAAAUGGUAAAUUAAAAUAUCAAGAUGUUUUGGUUAGUAAACUCGAAACAUUUAUUUUCUUUCAUCGAGAAAUUUGCCAUCAAUUAAAAUAUGCAUUACAGGGAUGCUAUCAAAUAAAAUAUGAAAAAAAGUUUGUUCAUUAUUUCGAUGUCUAUACUAAGAAUACUUAUGAUAUGAAAUCUGUACGGGAAACAGUUGAAUGUUUUAAAAAUCAAAUAUUCAAUAACAAUAUUAAUUUAAACAACGAAUAUCUUGUUAAUGCUUUGGAAAAACUAGAAGAAACUAAAACAUUUACUACGUUAAAACUGGCAACAAGUAAUCUUUCUCAUUUCGAGUUUCAUCCAAGAAAUUUUUUAUAUUAUUAUUUAAUGACAGACCAGUUCAAAAUAAAGGAGUUAGAUGUUAUGAAUGGAUCCCAAGCAAGACAAUACCCAAAAUUUAUAAACAGAAGACCUGAACGUUUCAUAGAUUUCAUUCGAUAUGCAGGAAUUACUAUGCCUUGUCCGGAUGGUAGCAAAUUGACAAUUUCAGAUAUUUUUCGAUACAUGAAGUACAGUUUUAAUCCUAAAAAUUUAAUUGCAUUUCAAGAACUAAUUAUAGCCGCAUCAUUCCGCCCAUUGGCAAUACUUGUACGAUAUUAUUUAUUGUUUAUACGAAUGUUAACCUACGUGUAUAAUUUGAAUGAUAAUGUUAAAGUUGUCAUUAGUUUCAAAAGAAAAAUGAUUAAAGUCCAUAAAGGAAUUAUACUACAUUUAAAAUUGUAUGAAACAUUGAAUAUAUUUCCGAGUGUACAAAAUUUUUUUUUUAUGAAAUUGCUUAGUAAUAUGUCAUUAAUAGUCACAAAACUAAAAACUAAACUUGAUGAUAAAUUUUAUUCGAACAUUAAUUUUAUCUUGAGUUUGUUACAUGAUUUUAUGGAAAUGAAUCUUCUUGACAUCUCUUUUGAUUUUUUGAUAAAAAUAGAAUCAUUAAAUUUUGAUGUAAACAACGUCCAAAUUGUUGAAAAACAUUUGUAUAAACUUUUCAAUCAAGUGACAAUGUAUUUGGAAGAGCUAAAAAAUUAUAAGAAUUUAUUUAUAACUGUAAAUAAAAUGCGUUUAGUAGAUUUUGUUGGAUUUUCUAAGCAUGAUAUUCGUUUACAAGAUGUGAUUGAUCGUAUUUGUAACAAUGAUAUUUAUGCCGAAACAAAUAAUUUGAAUAAAGAAAAUUAUGGUAAAGUUGACAAAGAAACUAUAAAUGAUAAUAUCAAUAAUUUGAACAUAAAUAAUGAUAAUAUUAAGAAAAGUGCAAAUGAUGAAGUUAAGUUAAGUUUUCCAAAAUAUAUGUUCGAUUAUGUAAUUUGCAAAUGAUAUAUUUGAAACAGUAUGUUAUACAAAAUUUGUUUUACACGAUGAAAUAGUUGUGAGAAUUAUAUUAUAAACAUAAAUCUAUUUCAUAAAUUUUAUAUUGGAAUUUAUUAGUAGAGAACUACUAAUUUUAAUUUUAUAUUGAAAUACUUAUUUUCAGUUUUUUUUUUCUAUAGCAUUAUUAUAUUUAUUCAAAAUAAGAUAACUG